CAUGAUUCAUGCCAGUUUCCGAACCGAUGGUUGACCGUCAUUGGCUCUAAUACUGGGAACUACGAUAUUGAACGCCAUCGGUUCGGCGAGAGUGGAGGAGGGGAUCGAUCAACGCCCCUUCGCAAUGAUAGAGUUUUGAAGUAAUUAACUUGCUACUUCCCCAUCCCGAGAUGAUCGGGAAGAUGGACAAAGAACUAUGAACGGUACGAACGUCAUAUGAUAAUACGAAAAAUACUACGUUCUGCAACCACCAGCCGCUUUUUCGGCUCAGCUAUCGUGUCUUGCACCAGACCAGAUGUGCCGAAGGACGCCAACUCAAGGAAGCGCGGUUGCGCAAAAACGAAAAGAUCUGGACCCGGAUCCUAGCGAAUAAGAAUGGCACGCUGUUGCAAUACCUGUUGACUGCCCCGCCUCCCGCCCUCCCGCCAGUGCUGCUUGUGAAGUGGUUGUCGAGUGUUCACUAAUGGAAUCGCAGUUCCAUACUUUUGCUCGGGACCGAGAACCAACGCAGGAAAAGGGGUAGCUCCUCAGAGGGCUUACUUCGAGACCGAAACAACCUCUUUCUACAUACAUGUACAUGUACAUGUACAUACAUACAUUAACAGUGGUCUUAAUUACAUUACAGAGGGCAUGGCACAUCGCGACGACACUGUGAUGCGCAAGAAUAAGUAUUUGCCAUGGAGAAAACUCGAGGGCUGGGUUUCAGCAAUGUGUAUCAAGCAAACCAAACGAUCACCCGCAAGAGACAAGUACCGAGAAGGGAUUUCAUGGAUGGAUAUGGCGGGGUGGGGAGAGCUUUCGUCUUCCAGAAGAGCGAGUGUUAACCCCAGCUUUGACUUCACAACAAAGAGGUCUAUUGGACUUGAUAACCGGGCAAUUGAUGAUAUCUUUCGGUUUUCUUCGCCUGGGGGUAGAUGCAAAGUCCAGCAAUGUAGAAUCUGGCUGACUCUGGGCAGAUUGUGUAUGUGCUCUAUGUAUGUGUUGCACAUAAGUUCUCCCAUUCUCUUCUUUGUUCCCUAAAAUUUAUGUCUCAGGACUAAAUCGAUUGAUGAUCAAAGCUGCGAGUCGUUUAUGCAGGAGGUGCGUAGUUUCAACGCAAAAUCUACCAGUAAAAAUGAAAGCGGUUAAAUUUCCGGCCAUCCC